AUGAACCAACAUCCUUCUCAAAAUGAAAAUAUUGGGGUUUUUCAUCCUAAAGUAAUACUACUAUCAGCUGGUAUUACCCUCACGACAAUAUUAUCAUACAGAUUUUAUAGGAAUUAUUUGAAACCGAUAAGAUCAAUACUAGAUUUGAAUCCAGGAAUGUUGGAGAAAAAUCAUAGAUUGCAUGGGUAUGUAACAAGAGUAGGUGAUGGUGAUAAUUUUAGAUUCUAUCAUACUCCAGGAGGAUUUCUCUGGGGUUGGGGUUGGUUGAAAAAAAUACCAACAAAAAGAUCAAAACUAAAAAAUCAAACAUUAAUGAUUCGAUUAUGUGGGAUUGAUGCGCCAGAAAGAUCUCAUUUUGGCAAACCUGCUCAGCCAUUUAGCGAAGAAGCAUUGAAAUGGUUAAAUAAAUACGUAAACAAAAGAAGAGUAACGAUAAUACCAUACCUGGUUGAUCAAUAUAAACGAAUAGUUGCUAAAUGUUUAAUUUGGAAAUGGAAUGGUCGAAAAGAUGUCAGUGCUGAGAUGUUGAGAAAUGGGAUUGCAAUGGUCUAUGAAGGAAAGAUUGGAGCAGAAUUUGGAGACAAUGAAGAUUGGUAUAGGCUGUUGGAAAAAAGAGCUAAAUGGUUUAAAAGAGGUAUUUGGUCAUUGGGCUCAAAGUUAAUGACACCAGGAGAAUACAAAAAAGUUUACUAUAGAGGGGAAUGA